GCGUUACCUCGCCAAAAAAAAAAGACUACAAGCUCCAGAAAAACCUGCGGCCUCUCGCACAGACUUCAGUGGCUGAAAAUAGUAAAGGCGUCCAAGGCAGCGGAAACAACCACUGGGGCGUGGUUGUUCGUGAUCCUAGCAUCUGUCACUUGAAUUUUGCUCCGCAGGCUCGUGGGACGACCAGACUUCAACGCAGCGAUGAACUUGGAGCGGGUCUCCAAUGAGGAGAAGUUGAACCUGUGCCGGAAGUACUAUCUGGGUGGUUUUGCAUUCCUGCCUUUUCUGUGGUUGGUCAACAUCUUCUGGUUCUUCCGAGAGGCUUUCCUUGUUCCAGCCUACACAGAGCAGAGCCAAAUCAAAGGCUAUGUCUGGCGCUCAGCUGUGGGCUUCCUCUUCUGGGUAAUUGUGCUCACCACCUGGAUCACCAUCUUCCAGAUCUACCGGCCUCGCUGGGGUGCCCUUGGGGACUACCUCUCCUUUACCAUACCUUUGGGGACCCCAUGACAACUUCAGCACAGGAUGGCGACUUGCUCUUUGUCCCAGGAUGGGCUCCUCUGCUCUGAGCUUACUGUCAAGCCUCAGACUUGUAAAAGUUGUGCCCAGCUCCCAUCUUCUUUGCUGACAUCCCCCAAUAAAGGACCUUAACAUUCGA